UCAGGACAGCCUGGCGGUAGUUGCACACACACAGCUAAUUUGAUUCUGUCACUUGUGCCUUAUACCAGUGUUCCACCUUCUUUCUGAGGCUGAGAUCUGACAUGCUGUAAAUCCUCUUUAUCCCUGUCAUCUGGCUCUAAAACCCCUUUGCCCUUGGGCUGUAGCUCCUCCCACCUCUGCUCUGUAACCUCCGUCCUCCUCUGCAAUCGCCCUCCAGGCCCCGCCCUCGUUAGAGGUCCAGCCAGCGGUGCUUGAAGGAGCAGAUCCUUUCUGAUAAGGGAGAGCUGCUUCCAGGUUCUCCUUUAAAUCAGUUUCAAACCUGAUCUGCUCUGCUGUGUGAGGGAGCCUGGGUUCUACUACAGAUUCGUGAACUACAGACCUUGAUUGGAAUUCCUUUCAACCUUGACUUCUGAAGAAGAUCACCAUGGAAAUGGAAACCUGAUUUCAUCCUAGUGCCAGAAAUGGCCCUGCAGCUGUAGAGAAGCAGCGUCUCUGCAAGUACAGCAGGGAGUUUGCUGCUCCAUGACAGAAUCACUGCAAGUUAACCAGUCAUUUGGAGAUGGACAAACCAGGAAAACUGGCUUCCCUUUCCCCACUUUAGGACAAUGAGGAAUCAGUUGGUUACCUUAGGAGUUCUCGGCUCAGCUACCUGAAACGCUGCUUAUUUGUACGUUUUACUGAAAAAAAAAAAAAUCCAGUACUUGUGUUCAAGAAAUGAUGGCAUGUAGACUGGCUUAUUAUGAAUUGAUAACAAAAAAAGAUUUUUACUUCUGAGAUACAGAGCUCUCCUCGACAUUGGAUUCAUUUAAGUUAAAAGUAAUGCAUAAAGCCAUCCACUCUGACAUCUGUAAACUUGUCAUUUUGAACAAGGAGUUUUUAUUAAUGGCUCUUCUGCGAGGAAACAGAACGCCAAUUGGGGGAAGUUGAAGUUUGUGUAAUAGUUCUGGAGGCCCCGUGAAAUGAUUCUGUACAUAACUGUAUUGUCUAAAAAGUCAUAAAUUAAUAGAACUCUGCCUUGACAAGAAUAAAAUGUUCACACAGUGUGUAACUGAGUGCAAACAUAUUUAAUAUGAUUUAACUUUACCAUGCCUUUAUCUGCAUAGGAAUUGUCUUGAUGUGUUCUGGUGUAUAGACUUGACUAUAUAAAAUACACUAACACUCGUUUUUCACAGCAUUGGAGAUGGAGCCUGGGCCACAUGCGGCAAGCAAGCCGUGCUGCCCACAGUUCCACUGUGUAGGAGAACAUGAUGUGGUUGUUGGUGGGUGAAUCCCGUGUGGUGAUUGUUGCCCCAGUUACAGAGGUACAAAGUUGUCUGUGGGUAAGACUGUGAGCGCAGAGAAUAUCUUUAAUACCCAUGUCUUUUAGUUUUGCUGGGUUAAAAUAGCACCACUUGGUUACCUGAUUUAGUUAAACAUUAGUCCAAGUUAAAAAGCUGUGUGUCGUUCAAGAUGAUCUAAACUGGAGACACUUUGCUCCUUCUUUUCCCCCAGUGACAUGACAGUGCUGAAGCGUUCACAUUUUAGUGUCCCGGGACAGAGCCUGGCCAUUCAUUUCCGACUGCCUGUCUUCCCACUGUUAACGAAGCCCCUGUCCUUCGCUGACUGUGUCGGGGAUGAGCUGCCCUGGGGAUGGGAAGCGGGGUUUGACCCUCAGAUUGGUGCCUACUACAUCGACCACAUCAACAAAACCACACAGAUUGAGGAUCCGAGGAAACAGUGGCGGGGCGAGCAGGAGAAGAUGCUCAAGGACUAUCUCUCCGUGGCCCAGGACGCACUCAGGACGCAGAAGGAGCUGUACCACGUGAAGGAACAGAGGCUGGCGCUGGCCCUCGAUGAAUAUGUGCGGUUAAAUGAUGCCUACAAAGAAAAAUCAAGCUCUCACACCAGCCUCUUCUCAGGGUCUUCAUCUAGCACCAAAUAUGAUCCUGAUAUUUUAAAAGCUGAGAUCUCCACCACGCGAUUAAGGGUUAAAAAGCUGAAAAGAGAACUCUCCCAGAUGAAGCAAGAACUUCUCUAUAAGCAGCAAGGCUUUGAAACGCUGCAACAAAUUGAUGAGAAGAUGUCCGGAGGCCAGAGUGGGUAUGAACUUAAUGAAGCCAAAGCCAUCCUGACAGAACUGAAGUCUAUCAGAAAGGCCAUCAGCUCAGGAGAAAAAGAAAAGCAAGACCUGAUGCAGAGUCUUGCUAAGCUGCAGGAGCGAUUUCAUUUGGAUCAGAACAUGGGCAGUUCCGAGCCGGAUCUGAGAUCUAGUCCUGUGAAUUCUCAUCUCUCUCUGUCCAGACAGACCCUUGACGCUGGGUCACAGACAAGCAUUUCUGGAGAUAUUGGGGUUCGAAGCAGAUCAAAUUUAGCUGAAAAGGUCAGACUGAGUCUCCAAUAUGAAGAAGCCAAGAGAAGCAUGGCUAACUUGAAAAUUGAACUGUCAAAAUUGGAUGGUGAAGCCUGGCCUGGGGCCCUGGACAUCGAGAAGGAGAAGUUGAUGCUGAUCAAUGAGAAAGAAGAACUUCUGAAGGAGCUGCAGUUUAUCACCCCGCAGAAGCGCUCACAGGAGGAGCUGGAGCGCCUGGAGGCUGAGCGCCAGCACCUGGAGGAGGAGCUGAUGGCCACCCGCGGCUCGCCCAGCAGGGCUCUAACUGAGAGAUUGAAAUUGGAAGAGAAAAGAAAAGAGCUGCUACAGAAACUUGAAGAAACUACUAAGUUAACUACUUCCUUGUCCUCGCAACUUAAAAGCCUCUCCUCCAGCACACUGUCCAUGUCAUCUGGGAGCAGUCUGGGGUCCCUGGCCUCCAGUCGAGGCUCUCUGAACACCUCCAGCAGGGGCUCACUCAACUCCCUCAGUUCCAGUGAACUCUAUUACAGCAGCCAGAGCGACCAGAUGGACACAGACUAUCAGUAUAAACUGGACUUCCUUCUUCAAGAGAAGGGUGGCUACAUUCCUUCCGGACCCAUCACCACCAUCCAUGAAAAUGAGGUGGUCAAGUCCCCCAGCCAGUCCGGCCAGAGUGGGCUCUGUGGGGUGGGAGUGACAGCUAGCAGCCACACACCCCCACUGACGGAGGCCUCCAAGUCAGUGGCAUCCCUGUCCUCCAGGUCCUCUCUCUCCUCCUUGUCGCCUCCCGGCUCUCCUCUCGUCCUGGACAGCGCAUUUCCAGGGUCCUCCCAUGACACCUCUCCACACCAGUUCCCUGCCGACUUUGAGGACUGUGAGCUGAGUCGCCGCUUUGCUGACAUUGGCCUUGGUGAAAACCAGGCCUUGCUGGAUUCAGACUCGGGAGGAGCAUCCCAGUCUCUCCUUGAGGAUAAAGGCCUGGGUGAAUGCCCUGGGGAGCUGCUGUGUGAGGGGGCAACAGAUGUGGAAAAGUUGUUACCCAAAAGAAGAGGACUCCAUUUGCGAGGAGACAAGACCGCUCGGGUGUCCGCCGCCGCCUCUGACGAGUCUGUGGCUGGAGACAGUGGGGUCUACGAAGCCUCCAUGAAGCAGCCUGGUGAAAUGGAAGAUGUUCCCUACAGUGAAGACGAUGCCACCAUUGUGGAGACUGCCCAGGUGCAGAUAGGACUCAGAUACGAUACAAAGAGUUCAAGUUUCAUGGUGAUUAUAGCACAACUCCGAAAUCUUCAUGCCUUCUCGAUACCUCAUUCUUCAAAAGUGUAUUUUAGGGUCGCUCUGCUUCCCUCCUCUGCGGAUGUCAGCUGUCUUUUUCGAACAAAAGUCCAUCCCCCCACCGAAUCUGUGCUGUACAACGAUGUGUUCAGGGUGGCCAUUUCUCAGGCAGCCCUUCAACAGAAGACGUUGAGAGUUGAUCUCUGCUCCGUCACUAAACACCGCAGGGAGGAAUGCCUGGCUGGGACGCAGAUCAGCCUGGCGGAUUUACCAUUUUCCAAUGAGAUCUUCAUGCUGUGGUAUAAUUUGCUUCCUUCCAAGCAAAUGCCUUGCAAGAAGAAUGAAGACGGAAACGAGGAGCUUGGAGCUCGGUCUAAGCAGCCGACGCUCGACCCUAUAGACCUGGACGCCGUGUCAGCCUUACUUGCAAGAACUUCAGCUGAGCUCUUGGCUGUGGAACAAGAACUGGCCCACGAGGAGGAGGAGGAGGAGCUGAGGCCAGAGCAGCGGGGUCCAGGGGGAGACUGUUUUCUUCUGUUUCACCGUAGCCUAACGAUGCUAAGAGAGGCCUCUGACGAACCCGCGGUUGCAAGAGAGUCUGGGGUUCCCUUGGCAGAGGGCAGCCGCUGCACAGAGGACCCGAGGCCAUGCCCUAGGGAGCCUGAGACAAGCCAGUGUAGGAAGGAGCUUGCUGAAGACCCUGGUCAGCUGCCAUCUGGACUUCCCACCCUGGUCGAUAAGGAGACGAAUACAGAUGAAGCGGUUGACAGCAAUAUGGCAGUUCGCCCUAAAGACCGAAGCAGCCUCAGCUCUCGACAGCAUCCAUUCGUGAGAAGCAGCGUGAUUGUGCGCUCACAAACCUUCUCCCCAGGCGAGCGGAGUCAGUACGUCUGCAGGUUAAAUCGCAGUGACAGUGACAGCUCAACCUUGGCCAAAAAAUCCUUGUUUGUGCGGAACUCCACUGAGCGGCGCAGUUUGCGGGUCAAAAGGGCGGUUUGCCAGCCCACCCUCAGGAGGACUGCUCAGGAAUGCCCCGUGCGCACAUCUCUGGACCUGGAGCUGGACCUGCAGGCCUCGCUGACCCGCCAGAGUCGCCUCAAUGAUGAGCUGCAGGCCCUGAGAGGCUUACGGCAGAAGCUGGAGGAGCUGAAGGCUCAGGGGGAGACUGAACUUCCCCCUGGCGUGCUGGAGGACGAGAGGUUCCAGAGGCUUCUGAAGCAAGCAGAGAAGCAGGCUGAACAGACGAAAGAGGAGCAGAAGCAAGGCUUGAAUGCAGAGAGGUUGAUGAGGCAGGUCUCCAAGGAUGUGUGCCGACUGCGGGAGCAGAGCCAGAAGGAGCCUCGGCAGGUGCAGUCCUUCAGGGAGAAGAUUGCCUACUUCACAAGAGCGAAGAUUAGCAUCCCAUCACUGCCCGCUGACGAUGUGUGAUCCUGCCUGUGGCUUAGCACCGCCUCUCAGCUGCUCACUUGCCAAGGGAGGGGCAAAGACUGAAUAUUUACUUUUUUUGUUUUCAUUUUUGUUGGGGGCGGGGCUUGUGUUUCCUGUAAUAUAACUCAACUCUUGAAGAGCUUCCGUUUCAUACCAGCUUCAUCAGGUUUAUUUGUAAAGUACUUUGAAUGUAACUCUUACAUGCUUUGAGAAGAAAAAAAAAAAAUCACCUAACAAAACUUGGGCAAUAUGGUCCAAAUCUGGUCCACAAGUGUUGUACAGUGUGCAUGUGUUACCACUGGGCUUCGCUGCAGGGUGGAACUCAGGGAACACGUGCCCGGUGUCUGCCCGCUGAGCCGACUGCAGCAGGCAGCUGUCUAGCUGCCCGUGAGGCUGGUGCCACAGCAUACCUUUGAACUAGAGAGCCACACUCUCCAUCUGAGCGAGCAUCUCUGAGCCCACCCGGAACACCUGCCCGGUUCCUUCCAUCACCCACAUCUGACCACCUUGUCUCUGCAAAACCCUUUCUUUCUGCCCUCUUAAACUUAUCUAGAGAAAACAAGAGUGUGAAAGCCGAGGGCAGAAGCAGAGGUGUACUCCUGCUAUAGAGAGCUGCAGUCGGGGGCAGAAAGGAAACUGCGGGGAAGGGAGGCAGCUUUCAAAACCACUGAGAAGACUGCAGAUGCUUGCCUGGCCACUGCUUCUAUCACAGUCUGCAUCUGCAGGGCAAGGUGGCCCCGGCCUCUGAUGACAGUGCAGGCAGUGCAGAGGGGGCACGCCCAUAUCCAUUAGAGGAGAGCUGAGGUCGGGGCGCAUCAUAAUGAGAUCAAACUUGCCAAACAGAAGAGACUUUGUCAUCAGGUUUCUACACUCACUAGGAAGUAUUUUGUAGCUGUCAUCUUCGGGAGAUUCUGUCAGGGAUGCAUAAAAGGUAGUUGGAAGCAGAAACAAAGGGUGUGGCCGAGGAGACUCGGACUUGGUGUGGACUGGAUCAUUUUAUAUCUUCUGGAUGAACAAGCAAGCUUGACCUAGAAAUUGGUCAAAGAGCCAUGCUCUUCAGGCUGGGUCUUAACUUCCCAGACCCCAGGCACUUCUUUAAAAAAAAAAGACUCGGUUUAGCUUAGCCAGCAUAAACAUGUUAAAAUAAAUACUUUUUCAGGUAAUUUAAACCGCACUCACAUACUCUGUCAUACUGGAAGAAGCCGUGUUUUGAUGAGCCAUCUUAUAUAGCAAGCUAAAUUAUUUUUUAAUGCAAAAUAAUUUUAUAGGAAUUAAUAGAAGAAAGGCGAAGGGGAAAAAUCUGUUUUAAAAAAAGUUAGGUUCUGCUGGAAUCCCCAUUAGUAAGGAUUUUUAUUUUCUUGAAUCUAUAUUUUAGAAAGUUCAUUUUUAUCAGAAUCAAAGUUCAUACUCAGCCAGAAUUUUAAUUAUCAAGUGACUGCACCUAAAAUGUAAUCAUUUCCCCCUAAACAUUCCAUACCGUGUAUCCAGCUUCUCACUAGGUGUGACUGGACAGGACACUACUUGGAGCUACAAGAAGCCUGGUGGUGGGCUGAGCACAGACCUCCCACGCUGCCCGGUGCCCUGUAGGUAACUGGAGGAAGGGGCAUGCUGUCCACCCUUCCUGGUCAGGAUCCAGUUGAGCAGCAGAGGUUGACUUAAUAUAGCUCUAAAUGAAGGUGCUGUCUUCAGCAUCAUAGUUUGACCAGUGAAAAUGUUCAUAGAAUUUUGUGUAGUUGUACCGUACGAUUUUAUUUUCUUCAUUUAUUUAUUUACGGUCUUAUUUAUGUUCUGUUUAAUAUAUAGUUUGGUUCUGGCCAUUUUAAAUGUUGGGCUUACAAGAGGCUAUAUUGAAGUAUUUACAGCUAUAUGAUCUUCAUCAGAUUUAUCGCUAACUUUUUGUAAUACAAAAAGUGUCAGACUACGAGUAUUAAAGAAUAAAGUGUGUCUCAGGCUGGUGGCUCAGAGCUGUGACUGAGGGACUUUGGUUUUAUUUUAUAAAACACGCUCAUUUCUAACAUGAGAGAAACUAUUUGUUCUGAUAGAAUCCUUUCUCCACACUCUGAAAGUCAGCAAUCGUGUUGUGCUUAUACAGGCAGCUUUCUGUAGGUCUGUCACAUUUGUAUUGACCCAAAUGAUUAAAAAAAAAAAUUUUUUUUACUAACUUGAUCACAAAACCAUAUGGAUGAAUAAAAAGUUUAAUAUUAUAAAAAAUAUUUUUAAACUUAGAAUUUAUUCUGCACAGGGUAAAAAGAGUUUAAUCUUUAGCUCUCAAGUUUGGAUUAUCAGUAUAUUACAAUUUUGUCUAUCAGACUCAAGUGUUACAGGUACAAGGAGGAUAUUAACUUGCCAAAUAACAAAGUUUAGCUGAGUCUCUGUAGCAUACAAAUUAAAUACAUUUAAACUCUUUUUGCUAUGUAUUUAUAUUGUAUUAAAUAUGAGAAGCUCAGGACUCAACUAAACGUUUAAUCAGGUUACAUUCUGGAAAUGUUUCUGUUUUCAUUUGUCCUGUUUGCAAUGGUGUGUAAAUAUAUCACCCAGAUUAACUCCUGUUGCUGCACUUGCCCUGUGUCUGUGGAUGAAAAAAAUUCAGUGAUUUUUUUAAACAAUACAUAUUUCCUAAUACUGCA